GCGGAGCGGAGCCGGGGGGCGGAUGUAAGGGGCCCGUCCCGCCGCCGCCGAGGCUUCCGGGAGCGGCGGGGCAUGGAGGCGUCGCCGGCGGGGGAGGAGGAGGAGGAGGAGAAGAAGAAGAAGGAGGGGGGAGGCAGCUUCCGCGCCAGCGAGCACCAGCACGCUCGCUACAACCCGCUGCGAGACGACUGGGUGCUGGUGUCGGCCCACCGGGUGAAGCGCCCCUGGCAGGGGCAGCUGGAGAAGCCGCCCCCCGAGGAUGUGCCCCGCUGGGACCCCCACAACCCCCUCUGCCCCGGGGCCACCCGGGCCAACGGCGAGGUGAACCCGCAGUACGAGGGCACCUUUGUCUUCCCAAAUGACUUCCCCGCGCUGCAGCCCGAUGCUCCCGAGCCUGGUGACAGCGAUCACCCCUUGUUUCGAGCUGCAGCAGCGCGGGGUGUGUGCAAGGUGAUGUGCUUCCACCCCUGGUCAGACCUGACGCUGCCCCUCAUGUCCCUGGUGGAGAUCCGGGCUGUCAUCGAUGCGUGGGCAGAGCUGGCGGCUGAGCUGGGUGCUUCCUACCCCUGGGUGCAGAUCUUCGAGAACAAGGGAGCGAUGAUGGGCUGCUCCAACCCGCACCCCCACUGCCAGGUGUGGGCCAGCAGCUUCCUCCCGAAUGAGGCACGCCUGGAGGACCGGACCCAGCGGCAGCACCUGAGCCAGCAUGGUGUACCCAUGCUGCUGGAGUACGCCGAGCAGGAGGCACGCCGGAAGGAGCGGCUGGUGGUGGAAAACACGGACUGGCUAGUUGUGGUGCCGUACUGGGCCACCUGGCCCUACCAGACCCUGCUGCUGCCUCGCCGCCAUGUCUGCCGCCUCCAGGACCUCUGUGACAGUGAGAGGGACAGCCUGGCCUCCAUCAUGCAGAGGCUGCUCAUCAAGUACGACAACCUCUUUGAAGUCUCCUUCCCCUACUCCAUGGGCUGGCACGGAGCCCCCACGGGCCCCUACCUGGAGGAGGACUGCGGGCACUGGCAGCUCCAUGCCCACUACUACCCCCCACUGCUCCGCUCUGCCACUGUCCGCAAGUUCAUGGUGGGCUAUGAGAUGCUGGCGCAGGCGCAGCGGGACCUCACCCCGGAGCAGGCAGCUGAGCGUCUGAGGAGCCUUCCUGAGGUGCACUACAAGCAGAGGUCCAAGGAGGUGUGAUGGGGAGCAGUGGAGCCAGCUCUCGGCUGUGCUGGGUGGUGCCAUUCCUUCUGUCUCCUUCCCCAUCCCAGACUGUGUCUUCCACCUCUGCAGCAUGAUCCUACCAGCACUAAAGGGCUUACCCUCCUUACCAGCCCAGUCUUACUGGUGGGACCGGGAGUGCUGCCCACCUCGUGGAGGAGCACAGCUUCCCUGGACAAUAAAAUCUGUAAGCAAAGUGCAUCUGCCU